AUCUAAAUUGACCGUCGGCUCUACCUCUGCAGUCUACACUCUACAACGAGCCAGCCAUGUCUACAGCGGCCGUCGAUCCCCACGGCGGCUACUGCGCCGCCACGAGGACCUACCACAGCCUCCGCGCCCCCAUCCCGCUGCCGCCGCCGUCCCAGCCGCUCUCCCUGCCGUCCUACGCCUUCUCCUUCCUCCCCUCCCCGCUCCCCUCCCACCCCGCCCUCCUCGACGCCGCCACCGGCGAGGCCGUCCCCUUCGCGGCCUUCCUCGCGCAGGUCCGCGCCCUCGCGGCCGCCCUCCGCGCCGACCUCCGCGUCUCCCGCGGCAACGUCGCCUUCGUCCUCGCGCCCCCCGGCCUCCACGUCCCCGUGCUCUACUACGCCCUCAUGGCCGUCGGCGCCGUCGUCUCCCCCGCCAAUCCGGCCCUAACCGCGCCGGAGAUCGCCCGCCUCGCCGCGCUCUCGAAGCCCUCCGUCGCGUUCGCCGUCUCGGACACGGCCGCCAAGCUCCCGCCCGGGCUCAGCCUCAACGCCGUCCUCCUCGACUCCCCGAGAUUCCGCUCCUUCUUGCAAGGACCAGGCGAUGCCUCGGUCGCGGACGCGGAUGUGAUUUGCCAGACGGACCCAGCGGCGAUACUCUACUCUUCCGGCACCACCGGCCGCGCCAAGGCCGUCGUGCUGACCCACCGCAACCUCAUGACAUCGCUUGUCGCGCCUGCGGCAGCGGCCACGGCCGAUGUGCUCAUGCUGACCGUGCCGAUCUUCCACGUUUACGGGUUCGUGUUCUGCCUCAGGCCGGUAAUGGCGGCGCAUACGCUGGUGCUGCACACGGCGAGGAGGUUUGACGCCAGGGUGGUGCUGGGCGCGGUGGGGAAGUUUGGGGUAACGCGGCUAGCCGUGGCACCGCCGGCGCUGUUGGCCAUCGUGCGGGCAGCCGAGAAGGACGAGAGCGUUGUUGCUGGCGCGGCAACGCUGCAGGCGGUGCUAUGUGGCGGCGCAUCACUCUCGACCGAGCUCUUACGCCGGUUCUCGCAAAAAUUUCCCCACACCUGUGUUUCACAGGGAUAUGGACUAACGGAGACUACAGCUGGUUUUUGCCGUGCCAUUGGAGUUGAAGAAAGUCGGCGAAUUGGAUCUGUGGGGCGUCUUUCAUGGGGCGCUGAAGCGAAGAUUGUUGAUCCUGGAACAGGGGUUGCUUUGUCUCCAGGUGUGCCAGGCGAGCUUUGGGUCCGAGGACCUUUUGUAAUGAAAGGUUACCUUGGUGACAAGGAAUCUACCUCCGCGAUUUUGGAUUCUGAAGGGUGGUUGAGAACAGGGGAUAUUUGUAGUAUUGACAAAGAAGGAGUCCUCUUUAUGGUUGAUCGGCUGAAAGAGUUAAUUAAGUGCAACGGCUACCAGGUUGCUCCUGCAGAACUGGAGGACCUGCUUCAGACACACUCAGGUAUUGAUGAAGCUGCAGUUGUUGGAUACCCUGAUGAUCAAGCUGGUGAGUUGCCUCUAGCAUUUGUCGUAGGACGCUCCGGUAGCAACUUGCAUGAGGCGCAGAUCAAAGACUUUGUGGCUAAGCAGGUUGUGCACUAUAAGCGAAUACACCGUGUUUUCCUUGUGGAUUCCAUACCAAAAAAUGCUGCGGGCAAGAUAUUGCGGAAGGAUUUAGCUAGGUUAGCAUUGCAUCAGAUUAGUUCCAAGCUAUGACAUGUUUGUAUAUACGUGUUCAACAUUAAGUUAUUCCUGCUGGAUAAGUAGUAGCUGUGAUCUUUCCUUAAUUGUAUAGAAGGGGGUUAAUGAAUGAUUGUACGGUGAUGGUGCCAACAGAUUGGAGCAAAUGCAAAUAUGGAAAACUCUUUUGGAAUUACGGCUCCAAUUCAAUUUCAA